UAAACAAAACAAAAACAAUCUUCAGUGUCAUUGUAAGAUAAAGAAAACAUUUCAGUGUUGAAAAAAAAAUCAAUUUCUUGUUGUACAACGUUACAGAUGUUCUAGUGAUAAAAUAUGUCGAAGAUUAACACAUCUUUCAGAGUAAACAUAUAUGAUUUACCUCUGAAUCGUUUUGCAACAAUAGCCUUACCCCAGUAUCUUCAGCAACUUCAACAACAUCAAUCCAACCUACAUGAAUAUAAAAGCAACAGAAAUUGGAACAAGCUAAGAACCGAGCAGUUAAAAGGACAACAGGUUGCAGCCCAAUUAGAAGCUGCAUUACUGGAGUUAGAAGGAGUUGCACAACAACUGACAUCAGACGAUGAGAUAGAGUUUGAAAAGAGAGUCAGGCCAUAUAAAAAUCAAGCGCUAAAUGCAAUUAGAAUUUUAAAACAAAAUGCAGAUAAUUUCAAUGAAGGCUUUGAGCCACUCACAUCCGAGGAAGGUCAAAAGAAACAGUUAGAGCUAAUUAAAGAAACUGUUUUACCAGAAGAAAUUGAGGUUGAGCAACGGAAAGUACAAUUCGAGACAUAUCAAAACUUGCAAAAAGAUAUUGAAGAGUUGCAUGACUUAUUUUCAGAGUUUUCACAUCAAGUCAAUACUCAAGAAACGACAGUCUCCAACAUUGAAGAGAAUGUGGAAGCAGCUCUAGAAGAUGUUAAAGAAGGACAACAGAAUUUGGCGAAGGCUGCAAGAUUUAAAACAACUCUUUACCCAUUCACAGGAGCGCUAAUCGGAACGUGCAUUGGUGGUCCUAUUGGGCUUCUCGCGGGACUCAAAAUUGGGGGUCUUGCAGCACUUGGAGGAACGGUAUUAGGCUUUGCUAGUGGUCGCGGUCUGAAGAGAUGGCAAGAAUCGGCAGUCAAUGAAUCAGCAAAUAGCUUAACGAGAAGUCCAUCAACCCCUAUGAAUUUAGGAAAUAGUACCCAGUCUGGAAAGCUUUCAUGCUCUGUUAGCUUUAAAGAAGAUUAAGGCCUUUGUUUCUUAAGGAAUUGUUUCUAAUAAUGAUUUUCACACAGAGUUGAUCAAGAACGUUAUGUCAUUAUACAUUUUCAGGUAAACAGAGGCAAAAUCAAGUAUAUUCUACCUUUGAUGACCGACUGCAUCGUAAUAACUUUAAAUGUCAUGCAGUAUUAUUUCAUUUCUCUGUAAUAUACUUUUGAAAUUUUCGAGCUUCUACGUAAACAAGAUGUUGAACAAGAUGACUUUUCGUUAGGGUACCUGACAGUAGAAAAAUGUAAUUACAACACCACCAACCAAGUGGCCGAUAAUACAAACAAAUAGGCUACAAGCCUAAAAUGGCA